GGGACUUGGGAUCGGAGCUAUGGCCGAGAAGCGACGUUCACCGUGCGCGCUCAGCGUUAAGGCGCACGCCUUCUCGGUGGAGGCGCUCAUCGGGGCCGAGAAGAGGCGCAGGACGGCUGGAGAAGGCGCGACGUCGCCCGGCUACGACGUCCCGAGAACGGCCGCCAGUCCGGAGCCUCCACCGGCGGGCAGAGUGCACGGCAGCGAGGCGGAAUAUGCCAGCGACGGAUCCCAGAGCGAAGACGCGCUCCUGGAGAGUCCGCAACUCGCAGCCGUUUGCGGGACCGGGAGCGAGGACCCACGCGUGGACCUACAGGGCUCGGACCUGUGGAAACGCUUCCACGAGAUCGGCACGGAGAUGAUCAUCACGAAAGCUGGAAGGCGGAUGUUCCCUGCCAUGCGUGUGAAAAUGUCCGGUUUGGACCCACAUCAGCAAUAUUACAUCGCCAUGGAUAUCAUCCCCGUGGACAACAAACGAUACAGGUACGUGUACCAUAGCUCCAAAUGGAUGGUGGCGGGCAACGCCGACUCUCCGGUGCCACCGCGGGUCUACAUCCACCCGGACUCGCCCGCCUCAGGGGAGACGUGGAUGAGGCAGGUGGUCAGCUUCGACAAGCUCAAGCUCACCAACAACGAGCUGGACGACCAGGGACAUGUAAUCCUGCACUCCAUGCACAAGUACCAGCCGCGGGUGCACGUGAUUCGGAAGGAGUGCGGUGAGGAGUUGUCCCCGGUGAAGGCCGUACCCGCUGGGGAGGGCACGUGCACCUUCUCUUUCCCCGAGACAGUCUUCACCACCGUCACGGCGUACCAGAACCAGCAGAUAACCAGGCUGAAAAUUGACAGAAACCCUUUUGCCAAAGGCUUCAGAGACUCUGGAAGGAAUCGGAUGGGCCUGGAAGCCCUGGUGGAGUCGUAUGCCUUCUGGCGGCCGUCUUUGCGGACGCUAACCUUCGAGGACAUCCCUGGCAUGACCAAACAAGGAGUCCAAGGAGGCCAUGGAGGUGUCGGUCCAUCACCUCAUUUGCUAUCACCCUCGCCCUGCUCGUCGCCCUUCCAGGUGUGUCCCCUCAGCCCGGGCGACUUCACCUGCAGUCGCCCGGCCCUCCCGCUCCACCGCUACGCCGCCCCUCCGGAGCCCUUCCCGCCGCCCCGAGGCCCGGCGUCCUACGAGGGCGACGCCUUCUGCACCCUGCCGCUCUCCACGUCGCAACUGGGCUACCUGUCCGGCCCCGCCCCGCAGGGCUAUGCCGGCCUCCGCCUUCACACGCCUCACUACGGCCUAUAUGGCUACACCUUCCCGUCGUCCCCCCGCCUGGCCGCCAGUCCGGACAAAAUGAGUGCCGCCGCCAACCAACAGAUCACCCCGCUUGGCUCGUGUCCUAAUGGGACGCUAACGGACAGCCUGGGGGUGCUCGCCGCUGGACAGCAGGGCUUCUUAUUCGACUCUCGGACUUUGGGGCUAGCAGGCAGCCCGUCGGGGAGCGGGGGCUCGCAAGUCACCGCCCACCUGGGCUGAAAUUGUUUACCGUGCAUCCGACAUACGACACUCAGGAAGGCCUCGAAACGCUUAUCCAUAUUAGGGUGAGCGCAAACCUAUCGCAGCUGACUUUUGAAUGGUUACACCCUGGACAUGUCGCCAGCUAAUCAAAGUGAUAACACAACGACGGGGGUGAAAACUGGAAGUGAUUAUGGAAGAAGGAAGUCCGGUGAGUUGAAGUGAGCACUUUGUUUCCAUGCUUCCUCACAGCCACGCACUGAGUGUGUAUCGUGGCUGGAAGGCGAGAACAUAACGGGGGGGGGUUGGGGCGAGGGACCCGUGGCACUUAUGCACCUGCUCUUUGACCUUGAACUUGUUUGUUAGAGACUCUUCUUACACAUAUGCUCUUGGCCCAAUUAUAUAUAUAUACACACAUGCACACAUCUAUUCAUGCCAACAGCUUUUGUACGCAACUAAUUUAACUGACAGCACAGCCAAUUGUUGACUUGUCAUACCACCUUUUGUUUCAUCUUAAUCAAUUACAAUGUUUACAAUAUGAA